AUGGCCUCAUUCCUUCACACCAAGAAGAGCUUGGUCUUCAUUUUUCUGGCUGUAUUGAUCUUGUGUGGUCAGGUUAAUGCUCAACGACGUCGUCGUCAAAGUGCUGAUCGAAGCCCAGAUCCCAGCCCAGAUCCUAGUGCUGCUCCUAGUAGAAGAUUCAGGCCGUCCCCCUCUUCACAAAUCUCUCCUGUCGAAGCUUCUCCUCAACCUUCUAUUAGACCUUCUGCUCAACCAUCAAUCAACCCAUCUCCUCGAGCCUCGAUCAGAGCAUCUGCUCAACCCUCUAUGACACCUUCUCCCCCUGCUCAGUCAUCACUGCCAAGCAUCGUGCCAUCUGUAGGACCGAGCAUGGUGUCCAACAGUCGCACCUCAACACCACCUUCUAAGCCAACUGGAUUGACAAGUGCUCAAAUUGCUUCUAAUCCAUCUGCCAAAUACAUUCCUAUCGCUGGCAUGGCAACGUUCUUCACAGAUACAGAAACACUUUGUUUGGGAAAUGGACCUAUACCUCAGUAUGCUGUGGCAUUGAAUGGUGCGACUGGGAUGUGGGUUACUGAUUACGAUCCAAAGUUUUGUGGCAUGUGUGUUCUGGUAUGGACCGCUAAAGGAAGUUUCAAAGCUGUGGUUGUAGACGUCUGUGAUCCAAUCAACUGUGACUACAACAAUGCCGCAUAUCUUGAUAUUUGGGGUGAAACUGCAUUCGCUAUAUUGGGAAAUGUUAUUGAUGGGAUUAUUCCUAUUACAUGGGAGUGGGUGACAUGUUAA